UUUAUAUUAAUUUGUUUUAUAGUCGACGAUAUUUUGUUUUUUUUUUUCUGUCAUUUUAUUUAUAAAGAUUUUGUAAUGUGUUGUAUUGUAUAUUGUAUCAAAGAAGAAAUUUAGACAUGUCAAACGUCCAAAAAUUUAGUAACGUCAGUCAACAAAAUAAGGAAGCAGGUGAUGGUGAUUCAGUGCCGCAAUCAUUGAAAGAAGCCCUGGAAUUAAUGGACUCGAUAAACCGACGUCUAGAAGAUUGUGCUAUGGAAUGGCAGUCGAAAAUUUCUAAGCAGCAAUGGAAACUUUUGAAUGAUAAAUCGGCUGUUGACGUCGCUUGGGACCAGUCUUUGCUCGCUCGUACUUACUUUACUGAUAAAGUUGCUGAUGAAACUUUUCAAAAAUUAUUAGUACAUGCUCGAUCAUUUAUAGAAAAUUUUAAUACUUUUAUAAUUUUACUGCGAGGAGAACGUUCAAUCCCUUUGACUGAAAAAAAGGAAGCGCAAAACCAAAUUAGCGAAGUACCUUCAGCUAGAACCGAAAAAUCAAACCCAGUUGUUGCGCCACUAGAUCUUUCACUUCUGGACGACAAAACUGGACAACAAUCUGAGAGGCGAAGAAGCAAGAGACUCGCGACUUUAAAUUCAAGCCGGGAUGUCCAGCAGUGCUUCGCUGAAUUGAUAAAAGCGAAAAUAGACCUGGACACUAAAUUUCUUGGCUUUGAAGCUGUUCUCAAUGGACCCAACAGUAUCACGAUGCCUCCAACGGAGAGUGUCUCUUGUUUGUGUCAGAUUUGUUCCAAUAUUUUGGGAACAGUUAUUGACAAUGAGAAGAUGUUAAAAGACGUAACGAAGCCAAAGGUCAGAAAAACGAGCGCAAGACCAACUAGUAAAAGGCUGGUUAAAUCCUCGAGAAUUUGGAAAAAAAAUCACGAUAGAAAGCAGUCAUUAUCUCUUGGUCACAUUGACGGAAAAUCGGUUUCACCGAAGAGUAAUAAAGAAUGCUGAAGCUGAAG